CGAGCGUCCUUGGCGAGCGCACCCACGUGUGGCACAGAAGAGAGAAAGCGGCGUAGCUCAACUUCCGAUAGCCACACGGACGGCUGGCGACUGGGGGAUCACACUGCCUAGUCUCACUGCCUAGUCACACUGCCUAGUCUCUCACUCUACCCAGUCUCACACACUACUCCGGAGAGAUGUGGUGGAAGCCGCUCGCGGUGCUGACGGCACGGACCCCUGCACGGGGCCUGGCUCUGGCCGGGAUGAAGCGGGGUCCACACAGGGGACUGGCCCCCCUCGCGGCCUCCAGAGCAUACGGGACGGAGGAACGCGGCGAACCAAACUCUCCCGAGUACCGCCUCUUCUACAGGAAUGCUCAGGGUCAACUCAUCUCGCCCUUCCACGACAUCCCUCUCUACGCGGACGCCAAGCAGAAACUCUACAACAUGGUGGUCGAGAUCCCUCGCUGGUCCAACGCCAAAAUGGAGAUCGCCACGAAGCUCCCGCUGAACCCCAUCAAGCAGGACGUGAAGAAGGGCAAGCUGCGCUUCACCGCCAACGUCUUCCCCUACAAGGGCUACAUCUGGAACUACGGCGCCAUUCCGCAGACAUGGGAGGAUCCGUCACAUAAAGACGCGGACACGGGCUGCUGCGGAGACAAUGAUCCAGUGGACGUGUGCGACAUCGGCUUGCGGGUGUGCAACCGUGGCGAGGUGGUGAGCGUGAAGGCGCUGGGGGUGCUGGCGCUCAUCGACGAAGGGGAGACGGACUGGAAGGUCAUCGUCAUCAACGCCGACGACCCGGAGUUUAACAACAUCAACUCGCUGGCGGACGUGGAGAGGCUGCGGCCCGGAUACCUGGACGCCACGCGCAACUGGUUCCGGGUUUACAAGAUUCCCGAGGGCAAACCGGAAAACUGCUUCGCGUUCGACGGCAAAUUCAAAGAUAAGGAGUUUGCGGAGGAGGUCCUACAGUCUACACACCGCUACUGGCGAUCCCUCAUCACCGGAGCCACCAGCCCGGGCCAGCUGGACUGCACCAACACCAGCGUGGACGGAAGCCCCUUCAAGCGCGACCAGAAGACGGCGCAGGCCGCACUGCAGGCUAACCCUCCCCUUGGUGCUCCCAAAAGCAUCCCAGUCGAAGUGGACAAGUGGCACUACCUGAGCAGGUAGGAGUGGCAGAAGGAUGUUACUCCAGGUGGUGCUGGAAGACGGUUCAAAUCAUACGGAAGACGGGCCCCGGCAAGAAUGUCAAGACUCCGUGGAUCAUGCACGGGUGGUAGCAGGUUUAAUUGCGUUUUCACAAGGGUGGCGAUGUGCACAGGUGUUGAGAGACAGCAGGACUGGCUAACCGAGUCUCGGCUGGAGACCGAGCUGGGGCGUCCGCGAGCACGUGGUUUUGCACGAGAGGACGCGUCUCCACAUCCGUCAACGUCGUUAAGGCCGCGAUUUCGUCGCAGACGUUUGUCGUAAAAAAAAAAUCACGGCCGAGGUGCGGGGAAAAACAAUGUAACUAUUUGUGGACACGUCUUGGAACGUGGUGCAGCAAAGCAUAUUCCUGUUUUGAAAAGAAAAUGUAUUUGUGAACAAAAAAAUGAAUCGCUGCUCAGAAGUUAAACAUUUAAUUUAACCCAGUGGCUAAUUUAGGUUAUUUGUUUUUUCCCCCCUCUUUGAAUAGACUAUGAUAUAACUGGUUCAAAUACAUUGAAAUGCAGGGAUGUCUGGUUUGCAUCGGGACAGCCCCUCCCACCCUCCCCCCAUAACCACGGUCUAGAAAUCGGUAAUUCCAUACGCGUGAUGUAUGGCAGUUCUUCAAGGAAAUAAAGGAAGCGCCCAAUCUAAUGUUUCUAAAGGAAUUUCCAAGAUUGCAGUGAGGGCUUCGUUCAAAUUCACCAUUUCCGUGACCCCCUGCUGACCUCUGUGAUGAAACCGUUGACUUGGUGAAUUACCAUGAACACGCCGAUGGAGAUGACCGGUAGGGUUCACGUGGACCCGAGGCAGCACAGUUACACUGCCACAGGUCAUUCCUCGAGAACACUUGCAGAUUAUUUAACGAUUUUUAUCAAUUGGUGAUGUAAUAUAUGAUUUUGUCAUGGUGAGAAAGGGAAAGGUGUUGUCAAUAAAGUUUAUUUAACAGUG